AUUUAGUUCAUUGAAUAUAAUGAGCUACAAAUAGUAAAGAGAUGUAGAAGCCUAAUUUCAAUCUCAACUAACUAUAGACGACUUGACUGAUUUAUUUAAGUUGAACUCAAUCAACGAUGGAUCCAGCAUCCAAAAAGUAAGAGAAUUCGGAGAUGAUAAUGGAAUAGCAAGGAAAUUAAAUACAGAUUUGAAGGUAAGCAUAAUUGUAAUUUUAUAAGAAAGGGUUUUCAGACAAGAGUGCAAUAGAGAAGUCAAAGUAAUUGUAUGGGGACAACACACCUGUUGAGAAGGAGCCAACAACAUUAUGUGAAUUGAUAAUGGAAUGUUUGGGGGACACAAUGCUAUAGAUUUUAUUGAUUGCAGCACUGGUUUCGACUGUAAUUGGUAUGAUCAACGAAGGAGUCAAAACAGGAUGGACUGAAGGGUACUACAAUUUGAAAUAAUCUUAGUGCAACGAUAUUUUUUGCUAUAUUCUUGAUUAUUUCAAUAACAGCAGGAAACAACUUCUUAAAGGAGAGACAAUUUCGAUAGUUACGUAGGAAAUUGGAUGAUGGAAAAUGUUAGGUCAUUAGAGAUGGUAAAGUAACGGAAAUAGCAACCAAGGAUAUAGUGGUUGGAGAUUUGUUAAUUUUCAAUUUAGGUGAUUUGUUCGUUGUCGAUGGUAAUAAAUGUGUAUCAAUAAAAUAGGUUUGAUGGUUUAAGGAAGUGCAGUAAAAAUUGAUGAAUCGCCGAUGACAGGUGAGAGUGAUGAGAUCAAGAAAUUACCAUAUUUUGAGAUGGCAUAACAACAACACAAUCAAUUGAAUGUAAAUCAAGAGGCAGCAAGAGGACAUGUAAGUCCAUUUUUAAUAUCUGGAACAAAAUGCCUUGAUGGAACAGGGCAAAUGAUUGUAUUGGCAGGUACAAGCUUAUUAAUAUAAUAAAGUGGGUUAAAAUACAGUGUCAGGGAAAUUGAAGCAAUUAUUGAUUCAAGAGAAUCCUCCAACUCCUUUGCAAUAGAAAUUAGAAGGAGUUGCUUCAGAUAUAGGUAAAUUGGGUGUUUUAGUAUCUAUUUUGACAUUUAUUGCUCUGAUGGGACAUUUAGGAUAUGAUUGUUAUUAGGGUAAGUUUCCAUUCCUAAGCAUAAAGACCUUACAGAUCAUAGUGGAAUCCUUCAUGAUUGCUGUUACAAUCAUUGUGGUUGCAGUGCCAGAAGGAUUACCAUUGGCUGUUACAAUUGCAUUAGCAUAUUCAGUGGGUAAAAUGAAGGAUGAAUAGAAUUUGGUUAAGAAUUUGUCGUCAUGUGAAAUAAUGGGUGGAGCCAAUAACAUUUGCAGUGACAAAACAGGAACACUAACUUAAAACAUAAUGUAAGUUGUAGCUUUGUGGACUGAAAACCAAACAUAUAAAGAUUAAGUUCAUACUAAUAAAAAUAAAAUCAAGAAAGAUUCAAUUGAGCUCAUGUGUGAAAGUAUUUGCUAUAAUUCAAACGCAUUUCCUGAAAAAGAUCCAUAAACCAACAAAUGGGUUCAAAUAGGAAAUAAGACAGAAUGUGCUUUGUUGGAAUGUGCAGAUAAUUUUGGAUAUAAUUUUAAUCAAUUCAGACCAAGUGAUAAAGUAUUAAGGUAGAUUCCAUUCAACAGUAAAAGAAAGAAGAUGAGCACAGUUAUUUUCAAUUAAAAAUCAUAAUACAUUAGAGUCUAUACUAAAGGUGCCUCUGAAAUAGUAUUGUCUUAAUGCAACAAAUACAUUGGAAACAAUGGUAUUGAAUAAAUGUUAGACCCCUAAUUGAGAAAGAAUAUCUAUGAUAAUAUUAUCCAAAAGUUUGCAUCAGAUUCUUUGAGAACAAUUGCCAUUGCUUAUAGAGAUCUUGAUCCUUAAUCACAUGGGUCAAAUGUUAGAGGAUAAAUUACAUAAUUAACUAAAAUAGCAUAAAAUAUCCCUGAGGAUGAUCUAGAUAAAGAUCUAGUAUUGAUUGCUAUUGCAGGUAUCAAAGAUCCAAUUAGACCUGAUGUUCCUCACUCAAUCAAAUAAUGUCAUGAAUCCGGUGUCAAAGUCAGAAUGGUCACUGGAGACAACAUCCUUACUGCCACUGCCAUCGCUAAAGAAUGUGGAAUCCUGCCAACAAAUAGAGAAAUUGGUGAAUGGGAAGUUGUGGAAGGUAAGAAGUUUAGAGAAUUUGUUGGAGGAUUAAAGGAUGAAUAAGUUGAUGGAAAAACAGUGAAAGUUGUAGGUAAUAAAGAAAACUUCGCCAGAGUAAGUAGGGAUAUGAAGGUCAUGGCUAGAGCAUCUCCAGAAGAUAAAUAUAUACUUGUUACUGGUUUGAUUGCUGAAGGCAAUGUUAUUGCAGUCACAGGAGAUGGUACUAAUGAUGCUCCAGCCUUAAAGAAAGCAGAUGUUGGAUUUGCUAUGGGUAUUACAGGAUCCGAUGUGGCCAAAGAUGCUGCUGAUAUCAUUUUAUUGGAUGAUAACUUUAGUUCUAUCAUUACAGGUAUUGUAAUCUUUAGAUUUAGCUAUGAAAUGGGGUAGAAACAUAUACGAUUGCAUAAGGAAGUUCAUCUAAUUUUAAUUGACUGUCAAUUUGGUUGCUCUGUUUAUGUCCUUUUUAGGAGCUGUUGUUCUUAAGGAAUCCCCCUUGAACACAAUAGAAAUGUUGUGGGUUAAUCUUAUUAUGGAUACCUUUGCUUCUUUGGCCUUGGCAACUGAACCUCCCAAUAUUACUGUUCUUGAAAGAUAACCAUACAAAAGAGAUGACAAGAUUGUCUCACCCACGAUGAAUAGAACAAUCGUCGGUGGAUCCAUAUAUUAGAUUUGUGUUCUGUGUGUCAUAUUAUUCAUCCUCCCCUAAUUUAUGGAUUUGUCUAUACCUGAAGAAUUGGUUGGUUAGAAAGUAUAUUAAUUAUUCAUUCAAUAUUAGUUCCACAAAAAUGUAGUCCAAAUGAGUAUUUUCUUUUAGACUUUUGUUGUGAUGCAAGUCUUCAAUUCCAUAUCUUGCAGACAACUAGAUUACAAGACCAUCAAUCCAUUUGCGAAUGCUUGCAAUAACCCUCUGUUCUGGGGUGUCCAAACUUUUACGUUGAUUAUUUAAUGCGUGCUCAUCUAAUAUGGAGGCAAAUUUGUAAAGGUUUCUCAUUUAACUUUACAACAACACCUCUUAUGUCUUGGAUUUGGUGUGGGCAGCAUCAUAUUCUCAAUUCUUGUCAAAAUUGCCAUCCCUGAACGUUGGUGUUAAUUUGUUGAGUUGUUUAGAGAAUAGGAAGUUCAAUCAGGAGAUAUGGACACCUCUUUGACAAGUGUCCUUAGAAGAAAAUCAACCAAUAGGCUAGGUAAUUCCAGAAAGAGCAUGGAUUAAUAAGGCAGUCAAAUUAGAAUGAGUGCUCAAAGGAUUUAAUGAUAUAAAUACAC